UUCAGUCAUGUGCCGUGGAGUGUUUGUGUUCUGUGUAUUUUUUUGUUUUGUGUCAAUCAGCGUGGCCGUUGCGGCCUACAAGGGCUACGGCUAACUUGGCUAAGGCUAGCGCCAGGCUUUGAGGCCUUGUGGCAGGCUGCUGAGAUUUUCAGUACGGGCGGGAGGGGACCGAAUCGGCGCACAUCAAAAUGGAGACCCGUUGCUUUUAAGCUAGCGCGCAACUAGCGUAAUGACGACGUCGUUUGAUACGUCGAACGACUUUAUGAAUCACCAAAAGCGUGGAGAAAGUUUGUGUAGUUGUGUUUUCCUGUGUUCAGUCCAGCCUGCUCAAGGUUGCAACGGCAACUGGCAAUUCUGCUAAUGCUACUUCUGGAGCAGUGAAGUGUCUUCAUGGCAGUUCGUAGAGGACACAUUCAGUACUUUGAUCAGGAGGCAUUCGAUAUGUCCAACGGUUUCGACAUGCCGGGCGAGGACGCUAAGGAUGCCAAGACCAACCUGAUUGUCAACUACCUGCCACAGGGCAUGUCGCAGGAUGACCUGCGCAACCUCUUCAGCAGCGUCGGCGAGGUGGAGUCAGCCAAGCUGAUUCGAGAUAAAGUCGGAGGCCACAGUUUAGGGUAUGGAUUUGUUAACUAUGUUAACCCUAGUGAUGCAGAAAGAGCUAUCGAAUCACUGAAUGGACUAAGGCUACAUUCCAAAACUAUCAAGGUGUCGUACGCACGGCCCAGCUCUGAUACAAUCAAAGAUGCCAACCUGUACAUCAGCAGCCUGCCCAGGUCCAUGAUGCAGAAGGACGUGGAGGAAAUGUUCUCGCGCUUCGGACGAAUCAUAAACUCCCGAGUGCUCGUGGAUCAGUCCACAGGUAGGACGACUUCUGUCUCUGUGCCAGCGGUUCUCACUUGCUCAGUCGCCUGUCUGUCCUUUUAUAACGCAGGAAUGUCCCGCGGCAAAGCCUUCAUUCGUUUCGACAAACGCUCAGAGGCGGAGGAGGCGGUGAAAAACCUCAACGGGCAAAAGCCGCCUGGGGCCAGCGAGCCCAUCUCUGUGCGCUUCGCGGCUGAUCCCAAUCAGGUGAAGAAUACGCAGAUAAUCUCCCAGCUCUACCACAACCAGUCUAGACGCUUCCCCGGGCCCAUGCACCACCAAGCGCAACGAUUCAGGUUCUCCCCUAUGGGCGUGGACCACAUGGGUGGCAUGGGCGGCGUAGGCGUGCCUGGCAACUCGGCCUCAGGCUGGUGUAUCUUCAUCUACAACCUAGGCCAGGAUGCUGACGAAAGCGUCCUCUGGCAGAUGUUCGGCCCCUUCGGCGCAGUCACCAAUGUCAAGGUCAUCCGCGACUUCAACACCAACAAGUGCAAAGGCUUCGGCUUCGUCACCAUGACCAACUACGAGGAGGCGGCCAUGGCCAUCGCCAGCCUCAACGGGUACCGGCUAGGCGACAAGACCCUGCAGGUGUCCUUCAAGACCAGCAAGGGCCACAAGUAAAGGAGCCGAUGGGGAGACCAUGAGAAGUACGGCUCGUUCAGUUUAACGCGUUCACUCAAAACUGCACCUUUCGUCUAAAGAGUUUCUCGGAACUUCUCCAUGUUGCUCGUGGUUGGUUUUCGCAUUUUUCCGGAGCACGGAACUCUAGUAUCUAUGUUAAGGUCAUUCACAUCCUGCUACAUUAAUACACACAGAGACGCAAUACAUACAAACAGUAAAAACAACUAAUUGCCGUUGUAAAUUCUUUCGAUUCAAUGGAAACCAUGAAGUUUUGAAGUAAAAUCCCCAAAUCUAAAGAUUUCCCUUUCUAUUUGGAGCUUUGUUUUGCUCUGAGGGUAUUUCCUUAGGGAGAAACAGCCCACAGUUCUGGAUUAUUGUCACGAAUAGACCUAGAGGCCUUAAAUUAUAACAAUCCAGAUGUAAUAUCAGAGCAAAGCACUUUUAAGUUUGGUUCUCUUUGACCGCCAUCUCAGUUGCUCUAAAUAUCAAAUUUGCUCUCCUGACCCACUCUUUUUUUAUUUUUUAUUUUUAUCAUUGUCGUUCUUCUAUGGGAAAUGUGAUGGACCAAACCUAGGCAAAUGAUUCAUUUGUUCAAAUUCUUUGGCUUCAUUUUUUUUUCUCCCACUAUUGACAGAGGUACCAAAAGUUUUUUUUUUAAUCUUGACGGCUUGAACGCAGUAUAGUCCCCUCCCCCAUUUUCAUUUGUUGUUUAAUCGUAAGCAAACUUUUUGUUUUGUGAUUUUAAUUUUAGCUAAGAAAGGUUCAUUUAUUUGGUUCUCUUUGUUUGGUUUAACAAGUUUUAACAAGUGCUCAUCUCAAGUUUGGAGUGAAACAAAUGGCCUUUGUUGAUGAUUAAACUUUUUUUUGUUUGUUGUUUCCCUUUUCAGCUCAAACCAUUAAAUUUACUUUUGUUUUGCGAAACCGUUCCUUUGUUUGUUUUUUCUAUUUUCUUUCUUCCAUUAAGUUAAAUCAUAUCCCACUAGGAUUUAAAAGCACCAUUGAUCAUUAAAAUUUAGCAUUAUAAUUUCAAUGCGAAUUGCUCUUAAGUGGCCAUCAGGUCAGUCCUCAUUUGUUUUUGUUUUUUCCCCCCCCUCUACAAUGGGACCAUUUUAAAUCCAAAACUUAAUUCAAGGCGUACACGAAUGUGAUCUAUGAUUUAAGCCAAUUUGUGUUAGAAUAUACACUUCAUCCAUCGAGUGGUCAGAAAAAAUUGGCUUUAAAUUCCCCAGCUAAUCUCGGCAACGUCUCCCUAUAAUUCCUUCAUUCUCACCACUACUUGUCUUUUUUAAAAAAAAAAAUGUUGGGGGAGUUUUGUCUUUGACGUAUGUGCAAUAUGUGGUGACUCAAAGCAGGUUAAGACCUGUCUCUUGUUGGACUUUUUUCUGUUUUUCUACUGAUUGCCACUGGUUUUAGUGUUUAUUAUGCCCCCCAAAAAAGGUGAGUUCGUGGGGAGGCACUGCUUUCGGCCUUACCUUAAUUUAUGAUCACAGGAGGCGUAUUGUUCAUAGGCACACAGUAUUUAUUUGUUAAUGUAUGCAAUGUUUUUUAACGGAAGACUUGUGUUUUCUUGAUUUUCACCCCUGACAUCCGUUCAUAUGUCUUAACAUUGGAUCAUGUCAAUAAAAACAGUGGUGGAUUUUAAGUGAAA